AUGGGGUGCAGUAGCGGCAGAGCGGUGGCGGAUGAGGGGGAGGAAGAGGAGGAGGAGGAGGAGGAGGAGGAGGAGGAGGAGGAGGAGGAGGAGGAGGAGGAGGAGGAGGAGGAGGAGGAGGAGGAGGAGGAGGAGGAGGAGGAGGAGGAGGAGGAGGAGGAUGAGGAGGAGGAGGAGGAGGAGAAGGAGGAGGAGGAGGAGGAGGAGGAGGAGGAGGAGGAGGAGGAGGAGGAGGAGGAGGAGGAGGAGGAGGAGGAGGAGGAGGAGGAGGAGGAGGAGGAGGAGGAGGAGGAGGAGGAGGAGGAGGAGGAGGAUUCAGCGGAGGAGAAGGGAAACGGGUGGGGGGUUGAAGGGCACAUAUGUUCACAAGGUGGCACAGCAGCGUUACUGCUGCCUGGACACUGCUGCCUUGGAUUAUUCGUAAGCGGGUUAGAGGUGUAA